AGGGGAUAGGUGUGAGUGAGGAUGUCUCUGCUGUUCUUGUGGUCUCUAUCUUCCUCCCUCACACUCAGCCCAUCCUCCACCCUAGCCACAGACUCAGAGUGUGUUCUGCUGAGUGGCUUUGAUCCUGGGUUUGUGGCUGAUGGUGACUUUGUCAUUGGGGGUAUUUUCCCCCUGCACUACAACCAGGAGAUGCCAGACGUCAACUACACCUACCAACCAACAGCCGUCAGGUGCAAUGGGUUUGAUCCGAGGUCUUUCCGCUUUGCUCAGACCAUGAGGCUGGCGGUGGAGGAGAUCAACCAGAGUGAGCAGCUGCUGCCCAACCACAUGCUUGGCUACAAGAUCUUUGACUCGUGUGCCUAUCCUCUGACAGGGCAGAGGGCUGCUCUGGCAAUGUUGAAUGGACUGGGCCAGGCUCACACUCACAUGUGUUCUGGUGCCUCUCCUCUCCUGGCUGUUAUCGGAGAAUCCGGUUCUGCUGAGUCUAUUGUCGUAUCCAGAAUCCUGCAGCCCUUUAAAAUACCCAUGAUCAGCUACUUCUCGUCGUGCGCGUGCCUCGGUGACAGGAGGAAGUACCCCACCUUCUUCAGAGUAAUCCCCAACGAUGACUACCAGGUGAAGGCUAUGGCUCAGCUGCUGGUACGGUAUGACUGGCGCUGGGUGGGGGUGGUGCAUGGGGACCAUGAAUAUGGGCACUUUGCCCUACAAGGGCUGCUGAGGGAGCUGAAGGGGACGGGGGUGUGUGUGGCCUACCAGGAGAUGAUCCCUCUGCUCUACAAUCAGCAGAGGGCCCUGGAGAUCAUAGAGGUCAUUCGUAGCUCCACAGCGCGGGUAGUGGUGGUGUUCUCUGCCGAGGGGGAAAUGACCCCCUUCCUGAAGGACUACAUGGCACAGAACAUCACAGGGAUCCAGUGGGUUGCCAGCGAGGCCUGGGUCACUGCCUCUCUCUUCACCACCAGCGAGUACUUCCCCUACCUGGGGGGUACCAUCGGCUUUGGGAUCAGGCAGGGACAAAUCCCAGGGCUCUGGGACUACCUGCAGACGGUGAACCCCCACAGGUACCCCUCUAACCCCCUGGUGCAGCAGCUGUGGGAGGCUCUGUACGGCUGCUCUCCCUCUCUGUCCCCCUCCAGCCCCCUUAUGCCCCCCUGUUCAGGGCAGGAGACUCUUCUGGAGCAGCACUCAGCCUACAUGAACACUUCCAGCCCCAGAGUGGCCUAUAAUGUGUACAAGGCUGUGUACGCCAUCGCUCACUCACUGCACAACCUCCUCCACUGCCAGGCUGGGGCAGGACCCUUCCACAACCGCUCCUGCGCUCACAGCACCAACGUUCACCCCUGGCAGCUGCAGCACUAUCUACAAGAACUUUCCUUUUACAUUUCUGGGGAGGAGGUGAACUUUGACCUGAAAGGGGAUUCCAUCCCGUAUUAUGACAUCAUCAACUGGCAGAGGGGCUCGGGUGGGAACAUUGAGUUCAUCAACGUCGGUCUGUUCGAUGGAGCAAAGGACUCUGGGAAGGAGUUGGUGAUCCAGGAGGAGAAGAUCGUGUGGGCGGGGCAUCAGAGCAAGCUGGUGGUCUCCGUGUGCAGUGCCAGCUGUGCUCCAGGAUCCAGGAAGGCUGUCCGUCGUGGGGAACCUCUGUGCUGCUUUGACUGUGUACCAUGUGACAGCGGCAAGAUUAGUAAUCAGACAGAUUCUAUAGACUGCACAGAAUGUCCCGAGGACUACUGGUCAAACGCUGAUGGAACAAUGUGCAUCCCCAAAGUGGUGGAGUUCCUUUCCCAUGAUGCAAUGGGGAUAGCCCUGACGGUGAUCGCUGUAGUGGGCGCCUGUCUGACCGUGUCCAUGCUGGCAGUCUUCCUCCAUCACAGGACCACUCCCAUCGUCCGCGUCAACAACUCUGAACUGAGUUUCUUUAUCCUUCUCUCCCUGACUCUGUGCUUCCUGUGUGCGCUGAUGUUCAUCGGGGAGCCCACCUCCUGGUCCUGCAUGCUGCGCCACACCGCCUUCAGCAUCACCUUCUCCCUCUGCAUCUCCUGCAUCCUGGGCAAGACUCUGGUGGUCCUGGCAGCCUUCACUGCCGCCAGGCCUGGGAACAACAUUAUGAAGUGGCUGGGGCCCAAACAGCAGAGGGCCAUCAUAUUCUCCUGCACCCUGGUUCAGGUGCUGAUCUGUGCUGCCUGGCUCAUGGCUGCCCCUCCCUACCCCUCCAAAAAUAUCCAGGACCAACGCUCUAAGAUCAUUCUGGAGUGCAGUGUGGGCUCCCAACUGGCCUUCUGGUGCGUUCUGGGAUACAUCGGCCUCUUGGCCUGUCUGUGCUUGAUCCUGGCUUUUCUGGCCCGGAAACUGCCAGGCAACUUUAAUGAGGCCAAGUUCAUCACCUUCAGCAUGCUGAUCUUCUGUGCCGUGUGGAUCUCCUUCAUCCCUGCCUACGUCAGCUCUCCUGGGAAGUACACAGUAGCUGUAGAGAUCUUUGCCAUCCUGGCCUCCAGCUUUGGGCUGCUGUUCUGUCUGUUUGCUCCAACGUGUUACAUCAUCCUCCUGAAGCCAGAGAAGAACACUAAACAACAUCUCAUGGGGAAGAAAUAAAAUGCAUAGAUUAAUGAAGACACAUUUAUUUUGUCAUAGUUCUCAGUUUACUUUUGACCUACUGUAAACCCAGAAAUGAAAUAGAUGUUUAUAGUGUCUUUGGGACAUGUGGCAAGCUAGAAAUUGUACUUUAUUAGUUGAAUUACUGUACCAUUUUCCUGAUCAAAGAUAUAGCUCCUUCAAUCCGGCCUGUGAAACAUAAAAAACUUUUUUGUACACUUUUUUCUCCCCAAUUUCAUGGAAUCCAAUUGUUAGUUAUAUUCUUGUCCCAUCGCUGCAACUCCCGUACAGACUCAGGAGAGGCGAAGGUCUUAAGCCGUGCGUCCUCAAACACAACCCAGCCAAGCCGCACAGCUUCUUGACACAUUGCCCACUUAACCCACUUAACCCGGAAGCCAGCCAUACGUGUGUCAGAGGAAACACUGUGCACAUUGCUAGAGCGCGAUUGGCCAAGAAAAUAUUGGCCUGCCAAACCCUCUCCUAACCCGGGCGACGCUGGGCCAGGUGUGCGCCGCCUCAUAGGUCUCCCAGUCAUGGCCAGCUGUGACACAGCCUGGGAUCGAACCCAGGUCUGUAGUGAUGCCUCAAGCACUGCGAAGUAGUACCUUUGACUGCAGCGCCACUCAGGAGGCCUCUGCAAAUAGAUUUAAACAAACAAUUGGUCCCCAAAGACACACGUCACUCCGUUGAAUUUCAAAAUCCCGAUGUGACCCUCUUGCCAAAAAGUUUCCCUACCCCUGAUCUAGAGAGAGGUUUAGUUAUGCUAUAGUUAUGCUACAUUUUUGUUUUAACAAUUUGUUGGAGGAAAUUAUAGUUGAAAUGAUUAAUUAUGUAUACAUUUAAAUUAGAACCAUCAAUUUUAAUACUGUUAUGUUGUGGUAUGAAAUGUAUGGGUUUUUAGUUAAACUAGGACUGAAAAUGUAGGUAAAACGAAUGAAUUGUCUGUACCUUGCGGGUUUAAGGGAGAAGGAGGGUAUAUCUCUUUAGACAGAUAAGAAUGUUCUUUGAUGUUCCAUUAGUGGAGAAGAGUAUAUCUUUUAGACAGAUUGGAAUGUUUGCUUUAUGAGGGGAGUAGGAGACAAUCUCCAGACCUGAAGACACUGCGCUAUUGUGUGGGAUCGGAGAAAAUGUGAGAACUGAUGACGUCAUUUUUAUCUUCUCUUUAAAAUGUAAUGUUCUUUGUAUUUUGGACCUGUACUCAUUAAGAAUAAAUGCUGAACUUAA